AUGGAAGGUCGCUUUAAAGCAACGUCACCGUCUUAUUACGAGAUUCUUGGCGUCUCCGUUAAUUCCUCGGCUGAGGAGAUACGACGAGCUUAUCGAAAACUAGCUAUGAAAUGGCAUCCUGAUCGAUGGACGAAAAAUCCGUUUAGGUCUGGAGAAGCAAAACGAAGGUUUCAGCAGAUUCAAGAAGCUUAUUCAGUGUUGUCGGAUCAGAAGAAACGAAGUUUGUACGAUGUGGGACUCUAUGAUACACAAGAAGAUGAGGGAUACUGUGAUUUCGUUCAAGAGAUGGUUUCACUUAUGGCUCAGACGAGAAGAGAGGAAAAGCAAUACAGCCUGGAGGAGCUGCAGACAAUGCUAGAUGGUAUGAUCUAUGAGUUCCAAUCAGAACCGUUAUUCCAGAACCAAUCAACCGAAAUGAAAUUUGACCUGAACCAACCGGCAGAUUGGUCCUCGCAUAUGUCUCUACCGGUUUCAAGCUUCGAGUUCUGUCCUCAGAGCAGCUAUUGUAACUAGAUUCACAUACACAUGGUCUGGAGGUUUUUUCACCUUAUAGAGUGGUGAUUGAAGAACAACGCUCCUUGUUUCUAGCUAAUGGAUAUUCUGAAGGGUGUUAGUCUGCAGUUUUUAACUUGUGUAGCAAGAAAACAGAGUUUUGCUCUAGGGAUUUUCACCUUUUGCUGUUUUUGACAGUCCUGAAAAUGGUGUCAAGGUUGUAAAUAAUCGUUUCACUUUCAAGCAUAGAUGUUUAAUUGCGUUUUUCCAAUGCCUUUGUACUAUUAACCUUUUCAUCAAUCAAAUAUACAGGCAAUCGCA